AUGGUGCAUUUGCAAACUAGGCAUUUGGGUGAAAUGGCUUAUCUGAACUUGAAAACUUUGCGAGUUCCUUAUCGAAAGGAGUCAGAUCGCUUGUAUGAUAGCAAUAUCACAUUGAAACAUCCAAUGAAGCAGUUUCAAGCGUGGUUUGAAGAAGCAAUUACUUGUCCUGGGUUGUACGAAGCAAACGCUAUGGUUCUGUCAACUGUUUCAAAGUCUGGACGCCCCAGUUCAAGAUGCGUUCUUUUGAAAGGUCUAGAUGACCGAGGUUUUCAUUUUUAUACAAAUUCUGUGAGCCAUAAAGGACAAGACAUUGUACGAAUUGAAGGGAAGGCAAAUCUUUUGCCUAACGUAGAGGCAGAGGAAUACUUUCACUCCCGUCCCAAGCCAAGCCAAAUAGCUGCUUAUAUUAGUAAGCAGAGCCAACCCAUUGAAUCCGAUCAGAAAAUGUUACAUGAUUUCAAAGAAGCUGAAAAGGAAUUCAAGGACUUUGAACAUAUUCAAAAGCCGGAAACUUGGGUCGGCUAUGCGGUCAUGCCCAAUCGAAUGGAGUUUUGGCAGGGACAAACUUCACGUCUUCAUGACCGUGUCCUGUUCUUCCGACCGGAUGAGGAUAAACAGGUCUGCAAAUUUUCAAAGCUCUGCGAGGAGGGCUGGUACUGCGAACGUCUCGCCCCCUAA